AACCCUAAUGAAUUCGACUCUUUGUUGUGGAAGGUCGUUCGUGAUUAACGAGAUCAUCACAAACCGAACAAAACCAAAAUUAGCGACCCAAGUAAGCGAACAGCACGGCUUUUCUGGCGCUCUGAUAGGAUUUCUGCUGUACCGUUUACGAAAUGGCCUUCACCUCGAACGAUGUGACGAUCAGUGAUGAUUCAAGGGAAUUGUUCUUCAACAAGCACGUCGAUUACAUCGCAAACCAUGGCAACGAUAAAAAUGACUACGAAUACUGCAUGACGGAGUUCCUGCGGAUGUCCGGUAUCUACUGGGGAGUGACCGGGCUGGAUCUGAUGGACAAGCUGGACCGGCUGGAGAAACAGUCGAUCAUUGAGUUUAUCAAAAAAUGUCAAUGCCCCGUAACGGGAGGAAUUGCCGCCUGCGAAGGACACGAUCCGCACAUCCUGUACACGCUCAGCGCGGUCCAGAUUCUCGUCAUCUACGAUAGCUUGGCAGAGAUCGAUACGGAGAUGAUCGCAAAGUACGUGGAGUCGUUGCAGCAGCUGGACGGCAGCUUCUUCGGGGAUAAGUGGGGCGAAGUGGACACACGCUUCUCCUUCUGUGCCGUGGCGAUUUUGAGUCUGAUCAAUCGAAUGGAAGUGAUUGACCUUGAGAAGGCGGUUAACUUUGUGAUGUCCUGCUGUAACGCAGACGGUGGAUUUGGUUCGAAACCGCAUGCAGAAAGUCACGCUGGUUUGAUCUACUGUUGCGUUGGGUUCCUGUCGAUCACGGAUCAACUGCAUCGGCUAGACUGUGAACGGUUGGCAUGGUGGUUAUGCGAGCGGCAGCUUCCAAGCGGUGGCCUUAACGGACGCCCCGAGAAGCUACCGGAUGUGUGUUACUCCUGGUGGGUGCUCGCAUCGCUCACAAUCAUCGGCCGGCUGCAUUGGAUCAGCUCGGAGAAGCUGGAAAAGUUUAUCCUCUCGUGCCAGGACGCCGAGACCGGUGGAUUCGCCGAUCGUACCGGAAACAUGCCCGACAUCUUCCACACUCUGUUCGGAUUGGGCGCGCUCUCGCUGCUCGGAGACAAACGGCUGAAGUCCGUCAAUCCUACCUACUGCAUGCCGGAGUAUGUCAUCGAACGGUGCAAAUUGAAACCCAAAGUCAUUGUGUUGUAACGAAUUUAUCGAGCGCAGAUGAGCCCUUAUACACCGACAUACAAUAUAGAGUUUGAUUCUAGCUUA